CCCGGGGGCUGGCGCUGCGGCGGCCGAGCCGCGGUAUGUCUGCAGCAUCCAGUUUUUGCGGGUCCGGCCCCUAGCACGCCUCGCCUCUGUCUCCUCCCCUCCCCGCCCAUGCGGGGGUCCCACCGCGAGCCAGCUCUGCGCACUUUGCCCCUGUUGGCAGCGAAUAAAAGGCGUCUGAGGAAAUACGGGACGCGCUCAUCCCCUGCCAGCUCCAGCCUUUAAAUCCGCAGCCGUGGGAGCUCCACGCACAGCAGGCGCACCGGCACCGACCCAGCGCGCACGGCCACCAUCCGAGCGCAAACGCGGGUUCAGCCACUGAAAUCUGUCCGCUGCCCCGGCUGCCCCGCACUCCACGCCGCAGCCUCAGCCCGGGGAGAGCGACCCCAGGCACCCGAGAGCCCAGAUGCCGGCCCACUUGCUGCAGGAGGAGAUGUCUAGCUCCUACACCACCACCACCACCACCACCAUCACAGAGCCUCCCGCCAGGAUCGUGCAGAAUGGAGAAGGCAACUCGGAGAAGCAUCUCCUGCACGCGGAGGAAGACAUCCGCCCCGAAAUGAAAGACGACAUCUACGACCCAAGUUACAAGGAUAAGGAGGGCCCGAGGCCCAAGCUGGAGUAUGUGUGGCGGAACAUCAUCCUUAUGUCUCUGCUACACUUGGGCGCCCUGUAUGGGAUCGUACUGAUCCCCACCUGCAAGGUCUACACCUGGCUCUGGGGGUUCUUCUACUACAUCAUCAGUGCCCUGGGUAUAACAGCAGGAGCCCACCGCCUGUGGAGUCACCGGAGCUACAAAGCUCGGCUGCCCCUGCGGGUCUUCUUGAUCAUCGCCAACACAAUGGCAUUCCAGAAUGAUGCUUAUGAAUGGGCCCGAGAUCACCGUGUUCACCACAAGUUUUCAGAGACGGAUGCUGACCCCCACAAUGCCCGGCGUGGCUUUUUCUUCUCCCACGUGGGUUGGCUGCUUGUGCGCAAACACCCGGCUGUCAAAGAGAAGGGCGGUUUGCUAGACCUGUCUGACCUAAAGGCCGAGAAGCUGCUGAUGUUCCAGAGGAGGCAUUACAAGCCCGCUGUCCUGCUGAUGUGCUUCGUCCUGCCCACGCUUGUGCCCUGGUAUUUCUGGGGUGAAACCUUCCAGCACAGCUUGUACGUUGCCACUUUCUUGCGGUACGCCAUCGUGCUCAAUGCCACCUGGCUGGUGAACAGCGCUGCCCACCUCUACGGAUAUCGCCCCUACGACAAGAACAUUAACCCGCGGGAGAACAUCCUGGUUUCACUGGGAGCUGUGGGUGAGGGCUUCCACAACUACCAUCACUCCUUCCCCUAUGACUACUCCACCAGUGAGUACCGCUGGCACAUCAACCUGACCACAUUCUUCAUCGAUUGCAUGGCUGCCCUUGGUCUGGCUUACGACCGGAAGAAAGUAUCCAAGGCGGCCGUCUUGGCCAAGAUUAAAAGAACUGGAGAUGGAAGCUACAAGAGUGGCUGAGUUUGGGUCCUCCGCUCUCCUUUCCAAAAGCCAGCCAGGCAGAGUUUUAAUGUUCUUUUUAUUAACUACUGAAAAUGCUACCAGAAUGCUAAAGAUGAGGUUAACCCAUUCCAGUAUUCUUUUAAAAUUCAAAAGUAUUGAAAGCCAACAACUCUGCCUUCAUGAUGCUAAGCUGAUAUUCUUCUUUCUUCUCUUUUCUUCCCUGUCUUCUAGACCCAUUGUCCUUUUCUUUGCUUUUUUCCUGUCACCUUCCUUUCUCUUCUCCCUCAUUGCCUCCCAGACAAGCAGCUGGUGAGGCAUUCAUUGGUGGGUGUCUAGCUUCUGAAGUCUAGACGACCUUUCUAUCAUCCAAAACUAGUGGUUUUGCCCCAGAUAACUCUUUCCUUGAGAUGUUCUGAGCUUCAAGGUAGGUGGCUCAAGCUAGAGAUUUGACAACAUCUUCUGGGAAGACCCUAUUAGUUAUUUUCAUUUCAGACUUUUGCUAGAUGGAAUGGAAAAACAACUUUAUUUAGCACAAAGCUUCUAAAGCAGGUAAAUUGUCAGGGGAGAGAGUUAGCAUGCAUGGUACGUAAGGUGGGAAACAAAGCAAGAAGAUGCUCCUGAUGUGACCAAACAUACAGCUGCCUGCCUCCUGCGGACACUGAGCCCCACCACCCAGCAUGCUUCCUUUCUCUCCUGACUGUGAGUAGGGAAUGGCCAUGGAGCUUGGCAAUGCAAGACCACAGAAGCAAAUCCUAGGUCCCAGUAGACUCUAGGCUAGAGAUAAAGAAGAAGCAUUUAGUUUGUAAUACAAAUGAUCUUCAAUGGAGGUCUUUUUCCUUUAAUAACAGGAAAAUUUCUUAUUUCAUAUAUCAGAAAGUCUUGAGGUUGGUUGUUUCCAGAAUUGAUGAAUCCAGCAAUUCAUGGAAUUAUCCAAAUUCCUUCAUCUUUCUGCUUUGCCCUCUGACCCUUGGGAUAUUGGUCAGCUCUACUCAGUAACAAGGUAGCGGCAGCAUUUCCAGACAUCCAAAAAAGGAAUGUAUUGGUGGUAUAAUGGUGAGCAUUCCAAAAAGGAAGGAUUUUAGAAGGUAGGUCAAACAGAUACAUAUAUAUAUACAGAUAUACUUUGCUUAGAAUAUUAAAUAAUUCACUCAGAGUAUUUCCCUCUGAAAGAGGGAUGCUUGAAGAAGAGGACAGGGGUUGGAGAGGUUGAAGAACAGGGUCUGUGGCAGCUCCUGAGAGAUUAUUUUACAGAAGAAGGACUUUGAGAAUGCAUUAUCUGGGGAUUUGGAUUCAGAAGCUUACUAAGUAAAUUCCUGGGUGUCAUAAUAGGAAAGCUGGUUAUCCAAAUAAGUUAGUUGUUAGGUUCAUUCAUUGACUCCCAUUUCUCCUUGGAAUAAAUAAAAACUAGAAGGCUUUUCGCCAUAGUGUCAGACUAUUUCACUCAUUUCUUCUGUUAACAGGUAGCCCAGUGAUUUUCAAUCUUUUUUAUCUCAUGGCACACAUAAACUAAUGACUAAAAUUCUGCAGCACACCAAAAAAUAUUUUUUGCCAAUCUAACAACAAAAAAAAGGUAUACUUUUGAGUGAUUCACACCAGACGGCUACUGUUGUGUUGGCUGUUGUCAUUUUUUUAUUUGACAAUCUAAGGAAAAAGAGGUCAGUGCUCCUGACUACAUAGGCAGGUGUUGCAUGUUUUAAAAAUGCCUGUGGCACAACGGUUGAAAAUCGCUGAUCUAGCCUAAAGUAUAGGACUGCCUGGGGGCAAGUAGAAGUCUUCACCCUGAUUAUCGGUUCCUGGCUCGACCCAAUCUGUCCAUUUCUCCUACCGGUUCUGCCUCUCCCCUGAUGUUUUCUUUUUUCUCUGGACAGGCAGCUGCCUUUGUGUAUUCAGAGGCAGUGAUGGCUAUUGCUGUCCAGGCAGACAGGAUGCUCAGGGUCACUGAACCACUGUUCCUCUUUAUAAGGUUGCCCUCGUUGCCACUUCCACCUGCCUCCAGAGUCUCUCCACCCACACUGAUGACUCAAGACCAGGCUGGCAAACCUUCCCAGAAACAUCCCUGGCGCAGGCGUGCUCUCUCAUGAGGCGCAGCCAAGGCAAAUGCUUGCAUCAUGCCAGGGAGCCAGCCCUGGAGCAAAAGAGAGUUUGUUUUCAGUCUCCUCUGUCUGGGUCAGAACCAGAGAACAUACUGGACGCCCCCUGCUUGCUUAUUUACCCUGCCCAGCUUUAGUCCGUGCUCCCAGCUGACUGCAGCGCUGGUAGAAGUAGGAGGGAGCCUAGUCUUCACUGGGAAGCACAAGAAACAAAGGCAAGUUCCAAAGUGCCUCACUUGAAAGAAGGCCCUGUUCAUUCUCUGGAGCCAGGGUACAUUGCAGAGCUUUGGCUGGGACGCGGGAUCUGAGAUGCCAUGAACUUUGCUGAACAGCGUCUCUGUUCAGCAAACUAACCAGCGUUCCCCACAACACAGCCUAGGGUAGACAAUAGUGUAGAAGAGCUCUGGAAAAAGUAAAAAUUUCAGUGUUUUGAGAACCUUGGACCACUCCUGUCCCUGUACCUCCGUUUGUCAACGCAGAAGCCUGGCUUUUCUCUGUCAGGAUUGGAAAUGUAUGAUACCAAAUGCUCAGUGCACUGCUGAAACCGAAUGGUGGAAGGGAGGAGGGCCUUUCCUUUUGUAUUUACUGAGUAGAGAGAGGCUACAGGGGUAAGCCUGGUCUAAAGGCAUCUUUGUCUUUUGAGCUGUUCCUCUCAGUAGAAAAGAAUCUCGUGGAAGAUCACUGUAGUUUCCAUCUGCUGACCUGUGCACCUACCCCUGGGAAAUGUCUAUUGGAUAGUUUUAACUCCACAGGUCACCAGAUGCCUGCUUUAUAAUUUAUGAUCAAAAACAACUUUAUCUUUCUAUUCUAAUCACGUUCCAUGGAUCUGAUCCCACACCAUGACCCUACCUGCACAAGGCUGAUCGGGGUCCUCAGGCUGAGGGCCCCAGUGUAUAUGUGGGUGUGUGGGUGGGGUCGGGGGCAUCUCUGCUGAAUAAGGAACACUUCUCAAGACUCUAAAGCUGAAUUCAAAUAAUGCAUUAAUGAUCCAGAAAUCCGGAUCUGAUCAAGUGUGAAUUUCUAACAGUCCUUGCUUUGUGGGUGUGCUGACAACUUAUUUGGGUGCCUUACAUGUUUUCUAAUCAGUGUUGCCUAUGAGCCUGCUCUCCCCCCCUCCGUGCUCCUCUGUGGAGCUCCUCUGCACCUGAGAGCCUGCAGAGUGGCUGGUGGAAGGGGGGCCUGGCUGGAGAGUUAGCUGUGUGCAGGAUUCCCCCCUGGGCUUCAUUUUGGAAACUGUUUUUAGGUCUGUGUUUCUUAAGUGCCCACAUUUGAUGGAGGGUGGAAGUAAUUUGAAUGUAUUUGAUUUUUUUAAAAUUUUUUUUUAGAUUAAAAGAUGCUUGUAGCAUUUAAAAUGGAAUCUUUUUCUCCUUGGUUUUCUAGUAUCCUGAGUGUAUUCUCUGUAAGUCUAGCUCAAAUGGGUCAGCAUGAAAGGUUAAAGAAAGCAAGAUAUCAACGUUACCCAGGUGGUUAAGGCCGAGGCCUCUCCUACCACUGUGCCACUGACUUGCUAUGUGACCCUGGGCAAGUCACUUAAUAAUAAUGUGCCUCAGUUUUCCUUCUGUUAAAAUGGGGGUAAUAAUACUGACCUACCUCAAAGGGCAGUUUUGAGGUGUGACUAAUGCUUUGUAUAAAGCAUUUUGGGACCCUUCAGCAGAGAAAUUCUCUUAAGUCCUGAGUAUUUUUAUAGUAGCAGUAUCCACCAUGAAUUUGUGUCCACCAUGAACCAUGUGUCCCAGAUGCUAUUAUUAAUCUAUAUGGUUUUCUCUGAGAAAUUGAAUAAGUCCAUUGGAUAAGUGGUAGAUAACUAGCCAGACAAAAUUUGAGAAUGCAUAAACUCAUUGUCAUGGAAACAGACACGGGAUACCUGUUCCUUGAUUGGGUGGGAUUUUUCCUUUUUUUUUUUUAAAUGUGGGAUAGUAGUUAUUUGUGACCUAAGAAUAAUUUUGGAAUAAUUUCUAUUAAUAACUCUGAAGUUAGUUGUAUUAUCUAACAUUGUGUUUGUUCAUAAUAAAAAUUUCGCGAAUCUGA